AUGGCUGUCUAUGCGGACGACGUGGUGCUCUGGUCCACGGCCCCAGGCUACCCUAGGCAACGGAUGGCACGCGCCCUCCAGAGAGCACUUACAAACACUGUGUACCACUUGCAUCAACUGGGUCUGACAACAUCGGCAGAAAAGACUGUUGCUCUAUGCUACGCGCCAAGGAGACCCUCAAAGUUCCAACCGACCCUGUUCAUCGGAGAUGUCCCGGUGAGAGUGGAGAAGACAGUCACGUACCUAGGACUCACCUUGGACUGGAGGCUAUCCUGGGGCCCAGCAACGCAGGUGGUGCUCCAGAGGAUGCGAACGCACACAAAUAUCCUCCGCGCGCUUGGUGGAACUACCUGGGGCACAUCACAACAAAUGCUACUACAGCUAUACAAGGGUCUCAUUCUGGCUCGCCCACUCUACGCCUUACCGCUCAUUCGACUGAGCGGCAAUCAGAUCGAGAACCUAGAGAGAGCGCAACGCGUAACUCUAAGAAUUUGCAUCGGAGUUCCCCGUUCGGCAUCGUCACGACACACUCUUACCGAAGCAGGUAUGAAUACCGUUGAAAACCUUCUGCAAGAACGAGCGCUCGGACAUCUCAUCCGAAAGAGCAACUGCGACUCUACCAUCACGCUCUUGAUAGGCAUCGCCGAACGUACAGCUUCGGAACUGGGAGCGCAGCUCUGCACUUUAAAUGACAUCGCGGGUACACCAUGA